UUUUAACUCCAGGUAAUGGAAGACAACAACAAGCCAUGGGCUCUGAUCUCAGUGAAGGGUGAACAAUGUUUCAUUGAAGAGGUCAUUGACAUAAUGAAACAACACUUCCAACUCAUCUGUCACAAAGACUUCCUUCAAAACCCUCUGCUGCACGGUCCUAAAAUCCAGGCCGUAUUAAUGUUUAAGGGCUACCCUGUAGCCGAGCCUUCGCUGCUCAGUUUGCUUCCCUCACUGAAGGUGGUCGCUGGCCCAGGAAAGGGCACCGACCACCUGGAUUUGCCGUACAUCGCCAGUCUGGGAGUGAAGGUGACCAACACGCCCGAUAUGGUGAACGAUGCCACUGCAGAUAUCGCGAUGGGUCUGCUUCUGGCAUCGGCACGCAGGAUCGUUGAAGGUCACCAAAUAGCUGUUGACCCCAACACCACUUCAAUACCACUAGGCAUAAUGGGAGUUGAAGUCACAGGGUCGACUCUGGGGAUUAUUGGAAUGGGAAGCAUUGGCUGCAAAAUCGCUCAAAGAGGCAAAGGAUUUGACAUGAAGAUCCUGUAUCACAACAGGAAAAGGAGGAGUGUUGAAGAUGAGCAGGCGGUGGGUGCAAGUUACCGUGAGGACAUGGACGACCUGCUGAGAGAGUCAGACUUUGUCAUGCUGGCGGUCACCCUGACCCCAGAAACCAAAGACCUGAUCAGCCACAGAGAGUUGUCCCUCAUGAAACCCACGGCAACACUGGUCAACAUCAGCAGAGGUCAGGUUGUGGACCAGGAUGCUUUAGUCGAAGCUCUUCAGUCUGGAACAAUUCAUGCGGCGGCAUUAGACGUGACUCACCCUGAACCAUUACCAAGGGAUCAUCCUCUCCUUGGCCUUCCUAAUGUGCUGAUCACCCCCCACGUUGGCACCAACACUUACACUACAACAAGAAAGAUGGUGCAGAGGAUGGUAGAAAAUGCUCUGGCUGUACUGAAAGGCCAACCUAUUCCCAAUGAAGUCAAACCAAAACUUCUUCACUGAUGUUACCUCUUCUGACUGUAG